AUGAACAAGCAAAUCGAAAGAGAAGAAAUAAAGAUGUCCACAAAUACAGAAAAAGCUCGAGCUGCAGCCUUCGCGCCGUCGCCUCAGCCACUCGCUUCGUGGGUCUGUCCUUCCGGCACACGGGCUCCAGCUGCGCCCACAGCCACCCUCCGAGCCCUUCAGGCCACCCUGGUCUCCUCGCCCGGCCCGACCAAGCCCGUGAAGAUGGUGGGCAGCGAGCAACUGGUCCCCUUCGCAGACACGGGCCUUCACUGGGUCGACUUGGGGACUAGUCGCCCAUCGCUCCUGCAGGUGACAGAGCUGAAUGAGCCACUGUCCAAUGAAGAAAGAAACCUUCUCUCUGUGGCCUACAAGAAUGUAGCUGGGGCACGCCGUUCUUCCUGGAGCGUCAUUAGUAGCAUUAAGCAGAAGACAUCUGCAGAUGGUCAUGAGAAUAUAGUACGUGCUUACUGUGAAAAAAUAGAGAAGGAGCUGGAGGCCGUAUGUCAGGAUGUGCUGAGCCUGCUGGAUAACUACCUGAUCAAGAAUUGCAGUGAGACCCAGUAUGAGAGCAAGGUGUUUUACCUGAAGAUGAAAGGGAACUAUUAUCGCUACCUGGCCGAAGUCGCCACUGGAGAGAAGAGGGUGACCAUCGUGGAGUCAUCUGAGAAGGCCUACAGCGAAGCCCAUGAGAUUAGCAAGGAGCACAUGCAGCCCACUCACCCCAUUAGAUUAGGCCUGGCCCUUAACUACUCCGUUUUCUACUAUGAGAUCCAGAACGCCCCAGAGCAAGCCUGCCGCUUGGCCAAGACCGCUUUUGAUGACGCCAUUGCCGAGCUCGACACUCUCAACGAGGACUCCUACAAGGACUCCACACUCAUCAUGCAGCUCCUCCGCGACAACCUCACGCUCUGGACAAGCGAUCAGCAAGACGACGACGGUGGAGAAGGCAACAGUUAAGG